CCUGGCAGGGCAGGCAGGGGAGGGCAGCCCCCCGCCCCGAGCGCGGGCAGGGCGCGGAGCUUGGGAGCGCUGCGGCCACCCCCCCGGGGAUCGGGGGGGGGAGGGAGGAGGAGCCGAGGUGUGCAAGCCUCCCUGAAGAGCUGAGAUGGAAGCCAAGCCGUCCUUCCGAUUGGUCAAUUUACAAGCCUGAAGCUGGAGCAUUCCCUUCACGUUGUGCUGUGAGACAGUGUGAUCAGAAGCAGCGUGUGUUGUGGCCGAGAAUCUAUCUACACUUUGCCGCAGCUACUGGAGAGAAGAGUUGGCAUUUUACAGCAUGUGGAAAUCUGUUCUGCACAGGUGCAAUGGCAUUAAUUUAACCACAGUAUAUGGAGUGGCUUUUUCUUUUAUUUUUUCCCUCCCAGAACACCCUAUGAAGUUCUAGAGCAGGCAGUAAUGGAAGGCCCUCUGCAAACCGCCAUUCACAUGUGCCAUGAAAAUGGUCAAUGGAUGUCACGAUUACCAGAGAAGCUCUGGGAUAUUCCCCUCUAUAACUUGGCUCUUCCAGGGAGUCACGACACUAUGACCUACUGCUUGGAUAAAAACUCCGCUGUUAGUGGCAAUGAAUCCAAGCUGGUGAAGUUUUUAAACAAAUGUAUGCCCUGCAUCGUGCACCCCAUUAUCAUGAAGUGGUCUACAACACAGGUACUGACUGUGACGGAGCAGCUUGAGGCUGGAGUUAGAUAUCUGGAUUUCAGGAUUGCCCACAAGGCUAACGAUCCAUCUAUGAAUUUGUACUUCGUGCAUAUGGUUUACACAACUGUUACUGUACAGGAUAUUCUGUGGGAAGUGUUAAGGUGGUUGGAAACUCAUCCUCAGGAAGUUGUUAUCUUAGCCUGCAGGAAUUUUGACGGAUUAACCAAGAAACUUCAUUGUCUUCUUAUUGCCUAUAUUAAAGAGAUCUUCCAGUGUAAACUGUGUCCCAGAAAUGUGGUGCCGACGCUGCGGGCCAUGUGGCAGCGUGGCCAUCAGGUUAUAGUCUCGUACGAAGAGGACGCGGCGGUGGAGGAGCACCGGGAGCUGUGGCCCGCGAUGCCGUACUGGUGGGGAAACAAAACCGCCACUCGUGCUCUCAUCCGGUAUUUAGAGCUCAUGAAGCGGAUGGGCCGGCCAGAAAAAUUCUUUGUAGCGGGGAUUAACCUUACUGAAAACUUACGGUACAUUCUUGUACACCCGUUUGGAUCACUGAAGAAAAUGACACUCCAGAGCCUUCCAUGCUUGAAAAUCUGGAUAAAGCAGCAGUAUCCAGGACCGAAAAAAGACUGUAUUAACAUAAUUGCUGGAGACUUUAUAGGAAACGGUGAUUUUGUCAACGACGUAAUAGAACUUAACACAAAAAUUAAUCCUCCAUUACACUGUCAAAGUAAAGGGGCUGGAACAGAGAGCAUUUCAUUCUCAGCUGCUUAAUCUGCGAGAAGUUAAAAAGGCUUUGUCUGCAUUUAACCUGGUUUAAACAUCCUGUGAUCCCAUAAAGGUCCGGGUAACUUAAAGCAGGGGUGUUUUAAAGACUCAGUAGGGAAAGUGCUCUCAACAUCAUCAGGGUUUCAGGGCCUUUUCACAGAAAAGAGAGCAAGCAGACCUUGCUGAAGUCUCUGGAGAACUAUGGUAUAGGUAUUACUUACUUGAAGGUGUUUGGAUUCUGUAGGAUUUGGCAAUAUUGAAAGUGUCAAGAAUUGAAUCUUACUUUAUUUUACAGAUGAGCAAGAAGGAGAAAUAUGUCAGUAGCUGCAUGAAUUAUUUUGUGAUAAGAUUGUGUUGUUAUAAAGAUUUUUUGCACUACUUGCAACCCCCAUUCUCAGUCUAUCAGUGUGAAACCGACUUGUCUGUUUUCAUACUUUAAAUAUACAAAAGGAACAGUUUAAAUAUAUUUUUUAUCAGAAAUAUUGUAUUGACAAUCCCAUUUGAUGUGAUUUUUAUACACACACCGAUAUACCAUUAACAUUGGACAUGUAGAAGCAGCUGUACUGUUGUUGUGUGCCGAGGAUCAGUUAUGAGCCCCUUAACCAACCGGGCAGGCACAAAGUUCUUUAUGAUUUGUGAGAAGUAUGUGUAUUUGAACACUUACUCUUUUUAUCACUCAUGCUAGCUCUGCAGUGAUAAAGAUAGAAAAACUAGGUGCCUAGACAAUUUUGUCUGUGGUAAUGAAAUAGGUUUUAUUAGGUGUUGCCAAAUAUGCCUUACACUGAAAAUAAACACAUAUGAAACAAAUUCCUUAUCUAAACUCUGACUGCUCUAGAAAUACAGAUUCUUGGCUUCUGUUGUGCUCAUUCAGGGUUUCACACCUGGUCUUUUACUUAGCUAUUUUAGUAGCUCUGUAAUUAUUUUUCCUCUCAGUAAGUAGUUUUUGCUCAUGCAAAAACUAAGGGGUUUAUGCUGUUUGCCAUUGCAUAUUAAUCCUAUUUUUCUGCUUUUUGAAAAGAACUGUGCAAUAACAGACGAUCAUGAAGGUAAGAGAAAUGGCAAGCAGUGGGGCUAAAACACAAGCAUUAUAUAAAGUUCACUAUGCAGUUUCAUCAAUAUACCUCAAUUUUAGAUGCACUUUAUAUGCAGAAGCUCAGCUCAGAUGUCUUGUGAGAUGUUAAUGUUUGCAGAAGUUUUAAAUCACCUGCUACCUGACAUCAGAUCACACUGAUGUUAGACUCAGCAUGAAAGGCUAGGAUGCUACCUCCUCAUGCAAUCUCCUGCAAUUGCAAAAUACAUACGAGUGAAAAACUAAACAUUCCAUUUAUAAAGAAGACUUUCUGAAUGCUUUUUUUUUUACAGUGCUUUUUAUCCUUGUUCUUACCUCUAUGUACUUCAUACUGAGCAGCCAUUCAGUUUUGAUUUUUCUUUCAGAGUCACUACCUGCACAAUGUUAUACUUACUCGGAAUGUUUUUCUGCCUGUCUUUGCUACCCUCAAGUGGCUUGUUACUCUAUUCAAUAAAACUUGAUCUCUCUGUGUAA